CCAUUUGUUAACGAUGCUAAUGCUUUCACUUCAACUUACUCCAUUGGAGACGAGAGUUCUUAUGCAGCCCCAGCAAAUGAUUCAAUCUCUGCUACCAACGAAACCGCUUUUCAUUUAGCUCUUAAGUCUGGCUCUCAUCCUAGUUAUCCUAGACAGCAGUACUAUCCCUCAUCCUCUGAUUCUGGUAAUGUUUACAUUCCUGGAGGAGUUCUCGAAUCACCUGAAAUUAACUCAAAAGACAGCCCUGCACGCUUUCGCGGCAACCGUGAUGUCGAUGAAAAAGACUGGGAUGACUCUGCAGCUACUCACCGAAGGACAGCAAAGCGACCCACUGGUGACUUUUGCGACUGUCUUAUGUUGUGCCGUCGAUUAUUUGGCUGUAGACCUCCUCCAAAAACUAACCAGCUUGCACUUGCUUGUGAAAAUGGUAGAACAAUUCCUUUCGGAAUGGUAUGGUUCGUUCGAGAUUCAUGCGGAUUUGCCUGUGUAGUACUUACCUGGCUUCUUAUACUGUAUGGCGAAUUUGUCAUUGGAGGAAUAGUACUUAUGCAGACCCAGGCCCACACUUUCCGUUUAAUCAGCGGUGUUAUUUUUCAUACGUUAACAGCGCUUGCUCUUAUCUCUCAUCUGAAGACGGUUUUUACUGAUCCGAUGUGUUUAUUUAUGUCAUGGCAGGGAAGUAUUCCCAUCGGUAACGCCACCAAGGAAGCUGCCUAUCGGAUCUUUAGCGCAACUGGUGAUGAACACGCGAACAUCGUUCGUUGUCCUAAAUGCUAUUCAAUUAAACCUGCCCGGGCACAUCAUUGCAGGCAAGAUUGCUUCGUUUAG